AAACAAAUAUUCGGCAAAAGCAAAUUGGCCGUGGCAGUGACCAGGCAUAGUGAGAAAUGUGCAAUUAAUCAAAACUGUAUUCGGAUCGAAAAGUUAUUAUUUGUUAAUUUGAUACGAUGAGUAACGCAUAUGUGAUAGUGUUGACCGGAAACAUCGUCAACUUUGUAGCUGGAACAGUCCUCACCUGGUCGUCUCCAGAACUCGACAAACUAGCCAAUGAUACCGAAACACCAUUCCGUUACCCGAUAGACGAAGAUGAACGAUCUUGGAUAUCUUCCCUCUUCCCAUUGGGAUCGAUCUUUGGCCCUUUUAUAUUCGGCUACUUAGCUGACGUGAUCGGACGAAAAAACACUCUGUUAACAUGCGGGGUGCCUUUCGUAGUAUGUUAUCUACUCAUGGCCUUCGGAACCGAAAUCUGGAUAUUCUACUUAGCCAGAUUCUUCCUUGGAGUCGUCCUAGGAGGGGUCUUCACAGUCAUCCCCAUGUACGUCGGAGAGGUAGCAGAAGACACCAACAGGGGUGCAUUGGGUUCAAUGAUGAACGUGUUCCUCUGCAGUGGCCUCUUUUUUGCCUAUUGCGUCGGUCCCUACACCAGCGUGAUGGUCUUCAACCUGAUACUGGCUGUAUUCGCUAUCAUAUUUCUACCAACGUUCUACUUUCUAUCGCCAGAGACUCCCCAGUACUUCAUCAGCAAAGGAAAGUACAAGGAGGCCAGAGAGUCUAUGCAGAAGAUAAGGGGUCCGACAGUCAACGUGGAUUAUGAGCUAGAUGCCAUCCAGAAGAAAUCCAAGGAGGAUGGUAAAGGAAACAUCAUGGAUAUUUACAGAUCCAAAGCCUUGACCAAGGCGUUAGGCAUAUCAGUCGGCCUGGUGUUCUUCCAGCAGUUCUCAGGUAUAAACGCUGUGCUCUUCUAUGCCCAGACAAUCUUCAAAAAAGCGGGUACUUCCAUCAAGCCAGAGAUUUGUUCAAUAAUCAUUGGAGGCGUCCAGUUCGGUACCAGCUUCUUGACUCCUCUGAUAGCUGACAGACUGGGCAGGAAAGUGCUGUUGCUGGUGUCAGCUGUGGGGAUGGUUAUAGCAGAAGUACCGCUGGGCAUCUACUGUUACCUGGACAGCCAUGGCACUAACAUGAGCUCCGUGUCAUUCCUGCCAAUCGUCUGCCUGAUCGCCUACAUCAUCACCUAUAACUUCGGUUUCGGGCCGUUACCUUGGGCUGUUAUGGGGGAGAUUUUCCCUGCUAAUGUGAAAUCUAUAGCUUCAUCAAUCACAGCUGGAUUUUGCUGGUUCUGUGGAUUCUUGAUUGCGAAAUACUUCGCGGCGAUUUCCGAUGCUAUCGGCAUGGGACCGUCUUUCUGGAUCUUCUCCGGAUUUUGCGCGGCUGCCAUACCGUUCACGAUGUUCUUCGUGGUGGAAACGAAAGGAAAGAAUGUCGACGAGAUACAAAAAGAAUUGGACAGUUGAUAUCGACUAAGAAAAUAAGAACCUACUAGUACGUUGAAUCUUCAGAGAAAGACUUUUUCAAUUUAUUUAUACAAGGUGUUUCACGAUGAGACAGACGAUAUUAAGAGAAAUAUUUCGAUUUUUGAAGUGAUCAGACUAUGAACUGAUAUUUCCAAUAUUCGUCAUAUAGAGUGGUUUGCUCAAGUAGAGCCAAAUUUUACCUAGUUGGAUCUUGAUCUUCUGUAUUUUAUAUAUCUAGAUGAAUGAAUUAUACAAGAAUAUUCUGAUAAGAGAUGAUUGAACCAUUCGGAAAAUAGGAGUGUUACUAUAAAUCGAAUGAAAACUGACUAUGGAACCCUUACAUUAAAUACUUUCCUACAAAAUUUUAUUAGGUUGGUACGUUUUUCAUGAGUUCCUUGGUCAGUAUUCAUAGUUCAAUGUCAACGGAUGAUUUGAUUAACUUAAUGUUCAUGAAAUAACCUUCGUGAAGGUUAUUCGAACCCGCCAAGAUGUCCACUACUCUCAGAUCAAUUUCGUAUUUCUCUCGUCGUGAAUCACCGAUUAUUCUAGAGGGAGCAUUCAAAAUAGCGCCAUGAUU